CCCUCGAAUCAAAACCCCCCACAAAUCUCUCUCCCACUGCUCCCUCUUUCUCUCCCCCACUCUCACCCAGCCACCCCUCGUUUCCCUUCCCCUUGCCCGCUUCCAGACCCGUUUCCUCGCAAAUCUCUCUCUCUCUCGCUCGCGAUACGCACGACCGCGCGCGCGUGAGGGCGUGGAAGCUAGGGGCGAGGAUUCGCGGAGGCGGAGGACGAGGCGGCGGCGGCGGCGGGGGAGAUGGCAGCGGGCGGUAGGGUUUCGAUCCCGGCUGGGGCGCGGCGCACGGUCGCGGACAUCAAGGAGAUUGCCGGCGGCCACAGCGACGAGGAUGUCUACGCCAUGCUCCGCGAGUGCAACAUGGAUCCCAACGAGUCCGCCCAGAGGCUCCUCCUCCAAGAUACCUUCCAUGAGGUGAAAAGGAAGCGUGACAAGAAAAAGGAGGGUAGCAAAAAACUAUUGGAUCCUCGGUGGAGACCUGUCGUUCAGGGACAAGGUGGAAAGAUUGGUCGAGGGAACAAUUCUUCACGCAAUUUGGCCAGCUCUAAUGAUCCUGCUGGAAGAAUUGCUAUUUCUGGAAAGGAGAAUAUAAUAAAUGAGAUCAUGGAGAAAGGCAGUGGUUCUACUCCAACCAUCAAUACAAAUAUGGACGACAAAACUUCUACUUCCAUACCAAGUUCGUCAAGUGGUCUUUCCAACGGCCCAUCUCAACCGGUUGAUCCUGCUGCUGUCGUGGUGACAAAUUCUAGUGCUGUUGGCGAUGCGAUAAAGUCUGGUCCAACAGCCUUUGUUGAUUUGAAAGGCAGUCUUCCGUCUGAGGGCGCAAUCACUGUUGCAGGUCCAAAUGCACUGCAAUCAGCAUCAAUGUCAGAUCCUGUGCUUGUGCCUUCCCCAGAUUCUCACAACCUUGGUGAUGUUGGUGCUCCCAGACAAGCUAUUGGAAGCAAGAAGACGUCAGUAGAACAUAAGGUGGGGCGUGAUUUACCAGCAGACAGUAAAGGCUCCUCCCAACAAUCUGGCUCAUCAUCAUUUGGACGGUCUUCUGGUAGUAGACCAUCUUCUAGCUAUAGUAAUAAUUCACAACAGUCAUCGGGAUCCCAAAAAGUUAUGCCAAAUAAAGAAUGGAAACCAAAACCAACAAGCACAACUGCUUCCCAAGCAACUGAAAAUGUUAUCAUACCUGAUGAUGUACCUUUGGCUGCUGACACUGUUCCCCAAUCUGCUUCAAUAUCAAAUUCAGUUAGUAAGGAAGAUCUACUGAAGGUGGACAAAAUCUUCAAUGAUCUGCAAUUAUCAGAUAAGCAACAUGUGAUAAUUCCAGAUCACCUUCAGGUUUCCGAGUCAGAAAAAUAUGGUCUUAGUUUUGGAAGCUUCAACACCAGUUUUCAGCAGACUAUGGGCUCUUCAGAUCCUGAAUGCGCAAAGAGCUCUUCUCUACCUGAAUAUGAUUCAUCUCAGGAAUUGUAUGGCAUUGGUGAUGAGCCUCAAUCUAUCCCAAGAGAUCAAAAUUCAUCCUCUGCCGUGAAAGAGGAAGCUGACCCGGUUCCUGAGCAACAACUACCUUCUUCAAAUCUAGAAAAAUAUUCAGCCUCGGCAGUGGAGAGUUUCUCUAUUGACCAUCAUAGGGAUGAUCCAGCUACUUCCGGGGUUUCCCAAUCUGCAGUAGUUCAUACUGCGCCGCCUUACUCGACAUUGGAAUUGGCACCAGGAUCACAUGCGAAUCAGAUUAUGGUACAAAAGCCAAUUGAUUUAUCUACAAGUUAUUAUAUGCAAUCGUAUCAACCUACAACUGAUGCUGAUGAACGGCUGUCCCCAUAUCUUGCUGCUGAAGCUGCUGGCAAGUACAGGAAUAUUCCAGUCCUUCCUACUCAAACUGGUCAGGAUCAAGAGGGAAAUAAUUCACUGCUGCUUGCUUCAUCUGUUCCUGCUUCGGUUGCUACCGCAGCUGCUGGAGUUAUACCAACUUCAGUUGCUAUCCCUCAACAGUAUGUUCCUCUAUUUCAUCAGUCUUUGGGUGUUCAUCUACCACAUUUUCCAACAAAUUAUGUCCCAUAUAAUCAAUACAUUUCACCAUUUUUUAUUCCACCCCCUACUCUUCACCCAUUUUUGGGCAACACAACAUUUCCUCAGCCACCUUCAACUGGGGCCAUGUACCCAGCUCCUGGAAGUACAGGAGUUCUGCCACCUGUUAAAUACUCAAUUCCUUCAUACAAGCCUGGUGUUAACACUGGGAGCCAGGCAUCUGUUGGAAAUUCUGGUGCCUAUGGAACAUAUGGUUCUAGUCCAUCAGUCUACACUAAUAACACAAACGUUUCUUCUGGAAAUCCUGCAAAUGAUGAUUUUACUUCAUCUCAGUUCAAGGAAAACAGCAUCUAUAUCGCUGGGCACCAGGCCGAAGGCUCCACCCUAUGGGUUCCAGCACCUGGACGUGAUAUUUCUGGUCUCCAGGUCAAUUCCUUCUACGGUCUCCCUCAGGGGCAGGUAACAUUUGCGCCUCAAGUUGGCCAUGGUCCUUUUGGAGGGAUCUACCACCCGGCACAAACUAUGACAGGAGCUGCUGUUCAUCCACUUCUCCAGCCAUCACAUACCAUGACUGGAUCUGUUGAAAUAGUGGGGGCACCUGGCAGUGUUUACCAGCAGCCACAAGCUCAGAUGAAUUGGGGAAAUUACUGAUAGGUUACGACAAAUUGCUUUUCUCGAGUGUCUAUAACGAUGCAUUUGCCUGGGAGUAAGUUUCAACAUAGAUGGACUUGAUCAGAAGUGUAUAUAUGUUCUCAGCAUGGCUGACCUGCAGGGGAGGGUCGUGGAUUCCAGAAGCUUACAGAUUGUUGUGGUUGUGCUUCUAUUUGUAGCAGAUACUGGCCAUGAAGUUUGGUUGAGUUUGUCUGCUCAGGUUCCUUGCUGUGGCCUUUCUAAUAUAAUUUUAGCCUCUUCUGUCCCACCAUUUAAAGUUGCUGCAAGAAGCGUGAGUUUUGUUCUCGUAUCCCCGUGAGGUUAUAGAUUACUUCAAAGCAAUGAAAUCGAGCCAGUGGAUUUUCAUUCUUUCCGCUGCUUACAUGUACAUUAAAUUUUGGUACUGCAAGAAUGUGUAACAACUGUUGUACUUGGUGUAAAACAAGCGGUACAAACACUCAGUUGCGGACCUUGCAGCUAACUACAAUUAAGUACUUUGAAUGACUUACUGAGCACGUUUGUUUUCCUGCA